AUGUUAACAUCUCCAGAUUUUUUAGACGAUAAUGAAAGACAACACAUAUACAAUGUUGCACCUGCGGAAGGUAGUAGACCACUUAGUUUAUUUAGAGAUCAGUUCUCAGAGGAAAUGGCUUACCCAGGAAUAUUCAUGGGUCAGAAAAGACCUGAUGAUAAGCAAAGAUUAGCAAGUGUUUAUUAUAGUGAAAUAUGCAAAUCGGAGUUAAGACUGUCUGAUCGACGUGCAGCAAUGUGUAUUGAAAACAUAUUUUUCAAAGCCAAAAAAUUACAGAUGAAAUUAUUGCUAGGACAAUCACAAAUUGCUUUGUGA